AUGCCGAAAGGUGAGGCAGAGUACUUUUUCACAUAUAGAACUAAUGUUAAAGGGCGGUGGUGUGCGAGGCCUGUUAUAGAUGUUCUUACUUCAGAGUUUAGAACAAGGACUAGAGAUUACUUUCUGUCUGCUCUAGAGUGUGGUGUGAUAACGGUUAAUGAAGAGGUUGUAGAGCCGACGAGGAUGCUCAGAGUUGGAGAUAUAAUAAAACACACAGUUCAUAUCCACGAACCUUCGCAUCCAGAAAUCGAUGUUAUAAAGAUAGAAGAAGACUACAUUGUUGUAAACAAGCCACCAGGGAUUCCUUGCCACCCCACAGGAGGAUACAGGGAGUACUCUAUCACGAGAGCGCUUUUUGAUGAUAAGAAGGUUGCUUGUAUCAAUAGACUGGACAUGCCUGUGUCUGGAGUCCUAAUCAUUGCAACAAAGAACUACUCCAGGUGUCUGGAAAGAAUUAAAGACGCUGUGAAGAUCUAUGUUGCAAAGGUCUGUGGAGUGUUCCCUGAACGUGUGGAUGUGGAUAAAAGUAUCAAAUGCACAGAAGGCAAGAAUAGAUGUGUAAAUGAUGAAGGAAAGGCAUGUCUAACACUGUUUAGAAGACUGGAGUAUAAAGACGGGUAUUCUCUUGUAGAGUGUAGGCCUGUGACGGGACGCACACAUCAGAUUAGAAUCCAUCUACAAAGCAUUGGAUUCCCAGUCAUAAAUGACAUAAUGUAUGGGGAUGGGGUACCGCCUCCAUUACCUGAGAAUGGUGUCUGUAACGCAGAUAUAAAUGGCUUUGAGGACAAUAAGAAGUAUGAACAUGUGGUGAAGCAUUGUAAAGGAAGGGGCAAUAGGUCUUUCAUCACUAAAGACCACUACAUCUGUCUUCAUGCUUGGAAAUACAUAUACAAUGGCACAGAAUAUGUAGCAAAUCUACCUGAAUGGUGUAGAGGAUGGGACUUAGCAUCACAUGAAACACAAAAAAAUGACUAG